AUGGGCGCUCUCGGCUCUGGCCUCAAGAACCAAGAAUGGGAUAUCAACAGCCUUCCCAAGUUCGAGAAGUCUUUCUACAAGGAGCACCCCGACGUUGAAACCCGAUCUGAUGCCGAUGUUGAGGCUUUCCGCCGCAAGCACCAGAUGACCAUUGCUGGCUCGAACGUUCCCAAGCCUGUCGAGACCUUCGACGAGGCUGGCUUCCCCCGAUAUGUUAUGGAUGAGGUCAAGGCUCAGGGUUUCCCUGCUCCCACCGCCAUCCAGUCUCAAGGUUGGCCCAUGGCUCUCUCCGGUCGCGAUGUCGUUGGUAUUGCCGAGACUGGUUCCGGAAAGACCCUCACCUACUGCCUUCCCUCCAUCGUUCACAUCAACGCCCAGCCUCUCCUCGCCCCCGGUGACGGCCCCAUUGUUCUUGUCCUCGCUCCUACUCGUGAGCUUGCUGUCCAGAUCCAAGAAGAGAUGAAGAAGUUCGGUCGAUCUUCUCGCAUCCGAAACACCUGUGUCUACGGUGGUGUCCCCAAGGGUCCUCAAAUUCGCGACCUCUCUCGCGGAGUCGAGGUGUGCAUUGCCACUCCCGGUCGUCUCAUUGACAUGCUCGAGGCCGGUAAGACCAACUUGCGUCGUGUUACCUAUCUCGUCCUCGACGAGGCUGAUCGCAUGCUUGACAUGGGUUUCGAGCCCCAGAUCCGCAAGAUCAUUGGUCAGAUCCGACCUGAUCGACAAACCCUCAUGUGGUCCGCUACCUGGCCUAAGGAAGUCCGUGCUCUCGCUUCCGACUUCCUCCAGGACUUCAUCCAAGUCAACAUUGGUUCCAUGGAGCUUGCUGCCAACCACCGAAUUACACAAAUCGUUGAGGUUGUUACCGAGAUGGAGAAGCGUGACCGCAUGAUUAAGCACAUGGAGAAGGUCAUGGAGAACAAGGAGAACAAGAUCCUCAUUUUCGUUGGCACAAAGCGAGUUGCUGACGAGAUCACCCGAUUCCUUCGCCAGGACGGAUGGCCUGCGCUUUCCAUUCACGGUGACAAGCAGCAGAACGAGCGUGAUUGGGUCCUUGACCAGUUCAAGACCGGAAAGUCCCCCAUCAUGGUGGCUACCGAUGUGGCCUCGCGUGGUAUUGCACUUGCUGUACUUUACUCUCGUAUUUAG